AUGGAGGGAUCUUACUCUGAUCAGUACUGGUUUUGGACGAAGAGAAGGCAAGUUCAAGCACCAAUUGAAUCAUGGGAAGAAAAGGCUUUUGCAGAAGAUGCAGCUAGGAAUAUACUGAAUGGUAGCAUGUGGCCACCAAGAUUUUAUUCAUGUAACUUUUGUAAAAGAGAGUUUAGGUCUGCUCAAGCUCUUGGUGGUCACAUGAAUAUUCAUAGGAGAGAUAGAGCUAGGCUCAAACAAAAUCUUAGCCCUCAGAAGAACAAUGAUUUGAUUAACUCAUCACUAGGUAAUCAUUAUUUUUCUGCAAAAAUGUCAUCAAAAAUAGAUUGUAAUUAUCAUCAACUUAAACCUUGUUCUAGAAGAAGGUCCCUCUCACCUUCUAGAAUUGUCUCAACUAUUGUCAAUGCUAGAGAAGACAAUUUUUUAGAUUGUAAUGAUUGUGUUGAAACAAGUUUGUCUUUAGGAAUGUUUGGACAAAAAUCAUCAACUGUACUUCCUUGUGAGGAAAAAGGUAUCAAUUGUAAGAGAUUGAAGACUAAUAACAUUUCUUCAUUGCCUUCUGUUUUCCUCAAGACAUGUUCAAAUGAUCAUCAUAGGUUCCUGGCUUUUCAACAACCUUCAGAAAUUGUACUUGGACUCGAUCAUGGAAUGGAAGAUUUAGAUCUUGAACUCAGGUUGGGGAAACAACAGAAAAUUAUUAAGUAG